UUAUAAUUAGUGUCGUAUUGCUACAUACAUUGGAGUCUCGUCUCCUUCCGGAGGACGAGUAUGACGUUACGUGUUGUGGAUGAAUUAUUUUCGAGGCUUUUCUCUUGAGUUAUAAUCAAGUGAUGUUCUAUAAAAUCUAAUUCGAGUAUCACUAUCGCAGGACACAGCUAUUGACGCAGGAUGGACGCGGCUGCAACGAGUAAAAGGAUGCAGGACUUACCACCGAAAGGAGGCUAUGGUCCCAUCCAAACAGAGCGGAUUAAACUACGCAGCAUUCUUAAUGCAAAGAGUACAUGGGCGAUUUUCUUUGCCACCCAGGUUGUCGGAUUUUAUGCUUACUAUUUGAACUUGAAAUUGGUUAGACGGAAUCAGAUUGAGAUGAGAAGCGCACGUCUAGCUAUAUGGCCAGCACUGAUAGCGGAACGAGAUAGAGCUGUCUUGAGACAGAUGAGACGCAAUCGUGAUGAGGAGGCAGAGCUAAUGAAGAAUGUCGAGAGAUGGGAAGUUGGCACAUAUUAUGGUGAACCGAUAUACUUCCUGGAUGAAGAAAAUCAAUUUAGGGAACCUCUGUUUAUCGAACACUUUGCACAUUCUGAUCCAUCCGACUACUCGACUCGUUCUUGGCGUCAUUUGUUCACAUAAAGGCAUUGUCAACAAUUUUCAUGCAGGUUCUGGUCAAUUAUAAAUUGCUUAUUCUGGUCAAUUAUAAAUUGCAAACCAAAUAAACCUGCAUGCGUAGUCGGUUGAUAAAAACAA